GAAGAAGAAGUGAGUUUGGUUUGUUAAAUAUUUGAUUAAAAGUUGUUUUAAAAACCCCAAAUAUCAUUAUGGAGAGACGAAAAAGAGAAAGAUCAAGGUCUCCUGUAGAUUCUAAGGAGCAUUACAGAGAAAAAUAUUCCAGAGAGCGGUAUAACGAUAGAUAUGGAAGGAAGGACACAGAUCAUAAAAGAGGCGAUACUAAAACCUCAUUGCAUGACAGAGGAGAGCGAGAACAUAAAAAUGAACCACGAGAAAGAGAUAGAAGAGAACACAGACAUGAAAGACUUAAUCAGCCAAGGAGAGAAGAACACGAAGAACGAAGCAGAUAUAGUGAUCAGAGGAAUACGAAUCGACGAGAGAAUGAAAGAACAACAAGGCCAGAUAGAGACAGAAGUCGAGAGAGCAUYACCCACAGGAAUGACGAGCAAAGAGAAGAACAAAGAAGGGAUAGAAGACAUGAUUUUAGAGGAGACAGACAGGAUGAAGGUGAAGAGCACAGAGGACAAAGACGACCAGGUUUCCAUGGAAGACAAAGAGGUCGUAGAAGAGAAAGCGAUAAUGAGCCAGAUGAUUCUUCAAGAUAUGGUCAACCUGCUGGAGAGCAAGGUACAAAUGAAGCUGCUGUCGAGGCYGAGAAGCCUAAUUUUGGUCUCUCUGGUAAACUAACUGAAUAUACAAACACAUACAAAGGUGUUGUUAUAAAAUACAAUGAACCACCUGAGGGCAGGAAACCAAAAACAAGAUGGCGRUUAUAUCCUUUUAAGGGAGAGGAAGGACUUCCUGUCCUGUACAUUCACAGACAGAGUGCAUAUCUUUUAGGAAGACAAAGACAUAUAGCAGAUAUUCCAAUAGAUCACCCAUCCUGUUCCAAGCAGCACGCAGUAUUACAGUACAGGCUGGCGAACUACGACAGACCGGAUGGGACGUCAGGGCGUAAAGUUAAGCCAUAUAUCAUCGAUCUUGAAUCUGCCAAUGGGACAUUCCUCAAUAACCAGAAGAUUGAUCCGCGGAGAUACUACGAGCUUAAAGAACGGGAUGUACUCAAAUUUGGAUUCAGUUCACGUGAGUAUGUYAUACUUCACGAAAGGAGUUCAAACRUAGCUGAAGAWGAUACAGGAAAUACWGGYGAAGGAGCAGGAAGYAGCAGUGAUGCUAGCAGUGAUGCAAGCCCUGAAUAACCAAUCACUGGAGCUGAUAUGCGAGACUUAUUCCUUUUCGAGCCCCCUGUGGCAAUCCUGGUUGAGAGAAACUGGGUCAAAAGUAAUGUUUUCCCAUUUCAGAUCGCAUGUUAUUUUCUUUAAGAAUAAGAUUCUUUGUUUGAGUUGUAUCCAUGUUCAUGUGUCUUCUCGUGGACAACCAUUAAACAAAGAUAUCAUACUCUAGGGAAUGACAAAGGGUUUGAAAUGGGGAAACAUUAUUCCUAAACCAAAAAGAUCUAUCAAUUGUUCUCUUUGUACAUAGCCAGUUUUAAGGUAGGUCAGUUUUAAGGGCCCUUUAAAACGUGUCCAAAUCUAACUCCAAGAAAAACACAUUCCAUCGUUGCUUGACAGUGACUAAAUGGAUCGAACCUCAUGAAAAUCAAAAUAAAUGUUAUUAGUUCUUUUCGUGCGACCCACAUAAUGCCUCGCGCUCCAGGUAUACGCAAAUSACAACGUAUGGAAACUUUAAAAUUCAGAAAGAAAAACGAAAAGGAUUUYUGAAAUAAAAUGUCGAAUUAUUGCCAUAAGAAGUUAUCAGUUCAGACAGAAGUCUGUUUUAAAGAAUGAUAAUAACAAACCUCCUCUUUGAGUGCAGACAAUAUAUCCAUGAAAAAUUAUCAAAACUUAUCAGUGCGCAAUUUCGACUUUUUCAUGUGUUUUGACUUCCUAGAGCGUGUGGGUCUUGGGAAAAUGACAACUUACUUACAAUGAAUAGGACGUUUGCAUGAUGGCGUCAUUUGACUCCCACUACCAUAAUGUUUCGCGAAUUUUCUUUCUUAUUCAAAUUUGUAUUCCCUCAUGAGAAUAGUAAGACAGUUUGUGCUAAUUAACUGAACAAAAGAAAGUGUGCAAGGGARUCUGGUAGUAGAGGYCAGUGASGCCAUCAUGCAAACGUCCUAUUCUCUCGCAUAGAAAUACAUUUACAUCCCUAUGUUCACCUUUAUUUCAUAACCUUUUUAUAAUUAAGUGUAUAUUUGCUAUAAUGUUUUGUAUUAUUAAACAUWUUCAUUGAA